UCCAUUUCAGAAAAAAAAAAAAGAAGCAAAGUAUAUUUUUGAGAAAAUAGAAACUCAAUAAUGGCGAAUCUUUCUUCUGAUUUUCAGACAUUCACAAUGGAUGAUCCCAUAACUCAACUUGCAGAACUCAACAACACUCUUCAUCAAUUCCAAGCAAUGUUUGCUCCUCCUUUCUCUUCUUCUCUCGACUCUCUUUUCUUUCAUCAUCAACAUCAACAAUUCCCAGAUCAGUUUCCCGGAAAAUCUCCAGAUAAUAAUUUUCAUCAGGGGAUUUUUCUCCCUUCUAAUAUUCACGACAACGACGAGUCUUCAAGAGUCGAUACCAAAAAGAGAAAAACAUUAAUGGCGUCUGUAUCUACGUCGGAGAAUAGUGUCUCUGAUCAAACUCUAUCUACCUCUUCUGCUCAAGUUUCACUAAAUGGAAAUAUUUUGACAAAAAAUAUUUCUUCAAGGAGAGGGAAGAGGUCUAAGAAUAGAGAAGAAGAGAAAGAGAGAGAAGUUGUCCAUGUCAGGGCCAAAAGAGGUCAAGCCACUGAUAGCCACAGCUUAGCAGAGAGGGUUCGGCGAGGGAAAAUAAACGAGAGACUGAGAUGCUUGCAAGAUAUAGUCCCCGGGUGUUAUAAGGCAAUGGGAAUGGCUACGAUGUUGGACGAGAUCAUUAAUUACGUCCAGUCCUUACAAAAUCAAGUCGAGUUUUUAUCUAUGAAGCUUACAGCAGCAAGUUCGUAUUAUGAUUUUAACGCAGAGGCUGAUGCUGUUGAUUCCAUGCAGGUACAGAAGGCAAAGGCACGUGAGGCAGUAGAGAUGGGGCAAUGGAGGGAUGGGAGUACUGUCUUCCAUUCAUCAUCAUGGACCCUUUGACUUUUGUUUUUUCUCUCCCUUUUUUGUUGUCUUUCUAAUUUCUCCAUUUUUGGAUAAAAAUACUCAAAGUUCGAUUUCAAUAAUUAAAAUGCCAACCAAAUGAUAUGUAUACCGUAAUGUCCACAUUACAAAUUUAUUGCCUAGAGAUUGCAAUUCAAUUAGAUCGGUCAGUGACAAAUGCUUU